AUGCUCACUAAAUCUGAAAAGCAUACUACCAACGUUGACUUUGCAGCUGUGCUGCAGCAUGAUCAUCAGCUUGCUACAACGCAGGAAUACGACGAACCAAUAAAGAGCAGCUCUGUUCCUGCCAAACGUUUGAAGAAAAAGCACGGCACUUCUCACACUGUGGUUCCUUCGCGGAAGCAAGAAGAUUUACCUCGUUCACAAACGGCCGCAAACCCGCCCGUGGUACAUGAACCUUUCUGGAAGAGUUACAAAGAACUCUACAGCAUCCAAUUUGGCAACGGAGCGUACUUUCCCGUAGCGCAGCGGACAAAGCUUCAACCAGACAAGCAUUCCCUCUGCAUCGUGAAAAGGUUCGCUGGCGCCAACGUCGACAAACACGUACAUGCGAUCCAACAGGUUGAUCAUCAGCAGUUUGUGCAGGCUCAAAAAAUUUUCUCUGUACAAAACGAGUUGUUUGUUGCGUUUGAGUUCAUGCCAGUGUCUCUUGCAGAGGUUGAAGGAAAUCCUCUCCUAGACGAUCUCCAGCUUGCAUCGAUACUAGGACAGGUAUGUUGCUCAACUUUAGCGACACGCAAGAUCACUGCUGAGAGAACUAGGUCGUGGAUGGUUUGUUGUACCUGA